AUGUCGAUCCGCAUUCUCUUGCUCGGUAGCGGCGGCAGGGAACAUGCCCUCGCCUGGAAACUUGCUCAAUCGCCACAAGUAGAUCAUAUCUACGCUUGUCCAGGAAACGCAGGAACUGACCAAGAGCCUAAAACAUCCAACGUCGAUCAUAUCUCUGCCUCAGAUUUUCCUCGUUUAGUCGAAUUUGCCGUGAAAAAUGGGGUCGACCUAGUCGUUCCCGGUCCUGAACAACCUUUGGUUGAUGGCAUCCAGUCGUUCUUCUACAAAGUCGGCAUCCCCGUUUUUGGUCCAAGCGCGCUUGCUGCAAGAAUGGAGGGAUCUAAGGCUUUUUCCAAGGCCUUCAUGGCCCGACAUUCCAUUCCCACAGCCGAGUUUAAGGUUUUUAACUCGUCACAAUACCAGGAAGCCGUCGACUAUGUAAACUCUUGCGGUCAUCAAGUCGUAUUGAAAGCCAGUGGCCUAGCGGGUGGUAAAGGCGUGCUCAUCCCGGAGACGAAGGAAGAGGCUAUCGCCGGUCUCAAAGAGAUCAUGGUGGACAACGUAUUUGGAGUUGCAGGUGACGAAGUUGUCAUCGAAGAGCUACUCACCGGUCCCGAAGUCUCUGUGUUGGCGCUCUCUGAUGGUUACACGAUUGUUCCCCUUCCGGCUGCUCAGGAUCACAAGCGUAUCGGGGAGGGUGAUACGGGUUUGAACACUGGAGGUAUGGGUGCAUAUGCACCAGCACCCGUGGCAUCCCCCGAAAUUUUGGAGCAAAUUAUGAACGAGUCCAUCAGACCAACAAUCGACGGGAUGAGAAAAGAAGGUUUUCCAUUUGUUGGAGUGCUUUUUACUGGCUUCAUGCUCACACCCUCUGGGCCAAAGGUGCUCGAGUUCAACGUCCGCUUCGGGGAUCCGGAAACGGAAACACUCAUGCUUCUUUUAGAAGAGAACGUUGACCUGGCCGCCGUCCUCCUUGCUUGCGCGGAACAUCGUCUAGACUCGGUUGAGAUAACCUCACGGCCCGGUGUUGCCGUCACCGUUGUCCUUGCUUCUGCAGGCUACCCAGGUAGUUAUGAGAAGGGAAAGAAGAUCACCAUCGGAGAGCUCCCCUCCAAUGUGGUUGUUUUCCAUGCUGGAACAAAACGACGUGGGGACGACGUCAUAACGGAUGGGGGUCGUGUCUUGGCCGUCACUGCAUAUGCGCCUGCACUCCAAGAGGCACUUGAUGCAGCAUACGAAGGGGUCAACAAGAUUACCUUUGAUGGCAAAACUUACAGACGUGACAUUGCUCAUAGAGCACUGAAUCAUCAAUCCGAGCUUAAGCCCGCUGGCUUAACGUAUGCUCAAGCGGGUGUAUCCGUAGACGCUGGAAAUGCAUUGGUGGAGGCCAUUAAGCCAUACGUACGAUCCACACGUCGGCCUGGCGCUGAUGCGGAGAUUGGUGGUUUCGGUGGUGUCUUUGACCUCCGUGCCACUGGAUACAAAGAUCCCGUCCUCGUCAGCGGGACUGACGGCGUCGGCACAAAACUUAGAAUGGCGGUAGAUGUUGGCAUUCAUGAUCUUGUCGGUAUUGACCUCGUAGCUAUGUCCGUCAAUGACCUUCUCGUCCAAGGCGCAGAACCGUUGUAUUUCCUGGACUAUUAUGGCUGCAGUUCACUGGACGUAUCGGUAGCAACUAAGGUUGUCAAAGGUAUCGCUGAAGGCUGUCGGCAGGCUGGUUGCGCUCUUAUCGGCGGCGAAACCGCCGAAAUGCCUGGAAUGUAUCAACCAGGUGAUUACGAUCUAGCAGGAUUCGCAGUUGGUGCCGUCGAGCGUGAUCUCUUACUUCCACGUAAGGAUAUCGCCGCCGGUGACAUUAUUCUCGGGGUCGCCUCCUCUGGGCUGCAUUCCAAUGGCUUCUCUCUUGUCCGCAAAAUCAUUCCGCUAUCAGGUCUAAACUACUCAUCCCCGUGCCCUUGGAGUAAUGGCGUAACUCUUGGUCGGGCUCUUCUUGAACCUACGCAAAUAUACAUUUCGCAGCUCCUCCCCGUUGCUCAGGCUGGCCUGUUGAAAGGCAUGUCGCAUAUCACCGGUGGAGGUUUCACCGAGAACAUCCCUAGAGUUCUACCUAAAGACCUUGGAUGCUAUAUCGAUGCCUCCACAUGGACUCUGCCGCCCGUCUUUCGUUUUUUGAUGAAACAUGGUGGGGUUGAUGCAUUGGAGAUGGCACGAACUUUCAACAACGGGAUCGGGAUGGUUCUCAUUGUCGCACCCAACGACGUGAGUAGAGUUAUGACACUUAUCCAACGGGGACCAGUGGGAGUUUAUAAAAUUGGCGAGGUUACAUCUGAGCCUGGAGUGGAGAUGAGGAAUAUAUUGGCAUGGUCGCAGGAUUAGCGUGGGAUGUUGAGUAUGGUACAAAGACGUUAAUGCGAAAUAACCAAGAGUGAUAGUUUGUAGUUUUUUUUUAAUGUACGAAAUGACGGCG